AUGGUUAAAGCGGCUGUUCUCGGCGCAUCGGGUGGCAUUGGCCAGCCCUUGUCUCUCCUGUUGAAGACUUCUCCGCUGGUUGACGAACUCGCCCUGUACGAUGUUGUUAACACCCCGGGUGUCGCUGCCGAUCUGUCCCACAUCUCUUCUGUUGCUAAAAUCACUGGCUAUUUGCCGAAGGAUGAUGGCCUGAAGCAUACCCUGACUGGAGCUGAUAUCGUUGUCAUCCCCGCUGGAAUUCCACGCAAGCCUGGAAUGACCCGCGAUGAUCUUUUCAAGAUCAACGCUGGUAUUGUGCGCGACCUGGUCAAGGGCAUUGCCGAGUUUUCCCCCAAGGCGUUCGUUCUGAUCAUCUCUAACCCCGUCAACUCAACGGUUCCCAUUGCCGCAGAGGUACUCAAGGCCGCUGGCGUCUUUGACCCUAAACGCCUCUUCGGCGUGACUACCCUGGAUGUUGUACGCGCGGAGACUUUUACCCAAGAAUUCUCGGGCCACAAGAACCCAUCUGCUGUUAAGAUCCCCGUUGUGGGUGGCCACUCUGGUGAAACCAUUGUCCCGCUGUUCAGCAAGGCUACGCCCGCCUUCCAGAUCCCAUCAGACAAGUAUGAUGCCCUGGUUAAUCGUGUUCAAUUUGGUGGAGAUGAGGUUGUCAAGGCUAAGGAUGGCGCUGGAUCUGCGACUCUAUCUAUGGCUUUUGCUGGUUUCAGAUUUGCCGAGAGUGUGAUAAAGGCUUCCCAGGGCCAGACGGACAUUGUCGAGCCCACAUUUGUGUAUUUGCCUGGAGUUCCCGGUGGUGACGAGAUUGUCAAGGCUACGGGCGUCGAGUUUUUCUCUACUCUUGUGGCUCUUGGGGCGAAUGGAGCAGAGAAGGCCAUCAAUGUCUUGGAGGGCAUCACCGACCAAGAGCAGAAGCUUCUUGAGGCUUGCAACAAGGGCCUGAAAGGCAACAUCGAAAAAGGCAUCGACUUCAUCCAGAAUCCUCCACCAAAGUAA